UGUGACUUGCCUGGAUAAUUGUUUGAUAUAUCUGGAUAUUGGUUUUUGGUCAGCAUGAUAUCAGUUGUGAUUUCCCUGGAUAAUUGUUUGAUAUAUCUGGAUAUUGGUUUUUAACCAGCAUGAUAUCUGUUGUGAAUUGCUUGGAUAAUUGUUUGAUAUAUCUAGAUAUUUGUACGUGCAGGGAUAAAACGAACGUGAAGAGACAUCGACGAAAUCCACCGCCGUCACCACCACCA